UAACUUCCGGCAGUGUUCCGCUGUAUCCUGUCUUCCAGCCCGGCAGCAAAACAUGGUCAAAGUAAAGUGUCACCUCGUGUUUCCAGUUUGUUAAAGACACGUAGCCGCGGUUCCAGAAUACACGCCACACUGUAGUUCAUGUUUUUACGCUUGAUUUCUUUAAAAACUUUCGGUCUUUACACUCAUGUUUCCGAACAGCAGCAGCUCGGUGUGACAACAACCAACACUGGACCACUUGUUUUUUCUUUCCCCCAUGAAAAGUUAGCAGGACGAUUCCCCAACAACAAGCAACGAUCUGAAUCAGAAGAUCAAGUCAAGCUGGACAAUCUUAAUGUGGAUCAUUCAAACGAAACAGCUCUGGGUUGGAUCUCAAACAGUCCCUGUGUUGCAGAAGAAAUGCCAUCAAGAAACCAUCUUGACAAAAUUGGGAGGAAGAAGAAGAAAUGGACGGAGGAGGCCAUGGAGCGUGCACUGAUCGAGGUGAAGUCCGGGAGGUGCACGGUGAGGCAGGCCGCCAAGGAGUUCGCAGUCCCCAAAUCGUCCCUGGGGGACAGAGUCAGUGGACGGGUGACACCGGGGAGCCGCAGCGGGCCGGCUCAGCUCAUCACAUCUGCUGACGAGGAGCUGCUAGUGGAGUUCUCCUUGCACAUGUCCAAGCAUGGAUUCCCACUCACCAAGCAGCAGCUGGUGUCCUUCGCCUCGUCCAUUUACAAGCGGCAGCAUCGGAGGGUGGCGUUCUCCAAACUGGGCCAGACAUGGUGGCUCAAUUUUAGAAAACGGCAGGAGAAGAACAUCGCCAUACAGCCAGCGGACAAUGUCGUCCGUGGGAGGACAGUAUGUGUGAGGAAGGAAGCAGUGGACCAGUUUUUUCAUUUGCUGGGCACCGUCAUAGACGCUCAUGGGCUCGGAGACAAGCCUCUCCAAAUCUUCAACUGCAGCGAGACGGGAUUUCAACUGGGCAGGAAGAGGGUGCUCGUCCCCAAACCGGCCAGUUUAGGCUGCAGGCCAGUGCUGGGUCUGAGGGACCACAUCUCCGUCCUGGCUUGCUUUAGCGCUGCUGGAGAGGACAUUCCCCCGUUUAUUGUCUACUCAAAGGCCUAUCCAGGGGGAGUGUGUUACAAGACACAAGGGCCCCCCAACGCCCUCUACGGGUGGUCCGGCUCAGGGUGUAUCAACUCGGACCUCUUUAAGAAGUGGUUCCUCAAACAUUUUCUCCUGCACGCACCAAAGCAGCGUCCCCUGCUGCUGAUUUUUGACGGCCACAAGUCACCGGUGAACCUUGAGGUGGUGGAGGCCGCUCGCAAGGAGGACGUCGUCCUGCUGUGCCUUCCGUCUCACUGCUCUCACAUCCUGCAGCCGCUCAACGCAGGACUCUUUGUGCUGCUGAGGCAGCGUUUCGCAGCGCUCCUAGGGGAAGGCUGCGCCACCGACACUCACUUUGCAAUAAGCAAGAAGGAGUUCUCAGGCGUAUUUAAAGGGACGUAUCAGCUAGCGAAGGAAGAGGAGGGCGCCAGGAUUGUCAAGGAAGGCUUUAGCAAAUGUGGUAUCUACCCGCUGAACCACUUUGUUGUCACUGAGGGACAUUUAAUGCCAUCGCACAGCAUGGGCGAAGCAGCUGACCCUUCCUUUGCCGCGUCAGCACAGGGGGUGCACACUGGAGGAGAGCUCACAGCAGCCGGACCCUCGUUGUAGCUCAUUACUACUCAUGACUGUCAAAUAUCCAAUUAGUACCUCUGAGGCAAGGGGCUUCCUGCAGAGCGCUGCGUUUGUCAGCACGCAGAGAAGAAUGGAGUGUGUGGAUGUUCUCAACGUUGUGUUCAGGUUUAGUGAUUAAAUGUUGGAAUGCUGCUCAACGGUGGUUCACAGCUGGUGAGUCUACAUAACACUAAACGAGACAAAACAUUUUCAAAUCCAAAAAUAAAGAUAACUACAGGCUACGUUUCUGCUGUGUGAAAUUCUGUUUCCUCUUUGUGAGUAUUCGCUAUUUACCUCCACCAAUGCUAUAUGUUUGUGUUUGUUAGUUGGUUGGUUUUGUUUUAAUCAGAUUACCCAGAGAUGGAUUUCCACAAAAACUUGGUGGAAGGAUUUUGUAUGGGUCAGGGGAAAAAACUAUUAAAUUUUGGUGUAGAUUAUUAUUAAUUAUGAUCUUGAUGAAACAAAUCAGGGAAAGGGAGAUCUGGCAAGAUUUAUUUAGCAAAAUAUAAGUUACUCAGUGUUUGCUUCUUCACAGUGUUCAAGCCUGUUGUGAAACACGGACAGAGGGGUGAACAUGUUUUUCUUUUCUUUUUUACACUCACACUGAGAAGAGAAAUGAUAACACACCUUUGAAACUGUUGACUCACUUCAGUUGUGAAUCUUUAAUUCUUUUGCUGGACAAUUCUAAAUCAGUUUGGUCCAUUAGACAGUUAUAAAUGAAUAUGUUGUCUAAAAUAGCAAAGAAUUAUUGAGGAAACUCUAAACCUUUUAAAUUAUUUGCGGAGGGGUGUCUGACUACUAAGGAAUGUUCAAACUUAAAAGGUUUUGUAUGCUCUUAGUAGAAGGAAGCCUACGUUGUUCCUCAGGAAGAAAAUCCCGAGUUAAAGGAUUUUAUUUCUUUUUCAUUUUGCAGCACAAAUGUGUCCACACCCCUCAAUAAUUCACUUAAUUGUGGGUUGAUGAUGUGCAUUUGUGUGUCAUGCAUGUGUCAAAGGAAGGUGAUGUAAUAUCAAUGCAAUAGAUUCAACUAUAAACAAUACAGUGACCAGGAAAAGUCAUUAAACCCCUUUGGGAUCUCCUGCAUUUCUGUACACAUUUAGUCUGGUGAUCAGUACAAUUCUGUUUUAGAGCUUGACACACAAAUCCUUACAUUGUUCUUCUCAUGAUUUAAACUAUCUAACAUUCUCAGUGUAGGAAGGAAAAAUAAUGUGAACCCCUCGUCUGAUGACAUCAACAGCAGUUAACAGGAGUUAUUAAACCAGGAGAGUCUGAUCAAUGAAACUGGAUCGGAGGUGUGUGUAAGAGUUAAUCUGACUCUUUUAAACUCAGCAUUCAAACAUUUAGUUGUUCUGAAAGUUAACUUGCAGGAAAGAGAUCUUAAAAUAAUUGCUAUCAGGAUUUGUUGAUUUGCAUAAUGCUGGACAGGUUGACAGAAUCAUCUCGAAGAAUGUAUUUAGUCGAAGGUAUUUGAGUUCUGUGGCUACUUUCCCUAGAAUUGUGCAUCCAGCUAAGAUGACUCAAAGGCAGAACGAUCAGUAGAGAUCAGUGUGUUGCUAUCUCGGCACAGAAAGAGUGUUUUCACUGCUGUUUGUCUCGUUGCAGUAUUACGCAAAACAAAUGCAGAACAGAUUUCCCUGAAACCUGUUGGAAGGGUGGGGUACGAGCCACAGAAGAAACCAUUAAGUUUCUGGGAGGAUCCGGAUCAGGGGGUGGAUCCGGGAGUUGUUGUUUUUUUCACUUUCUUUAACAUUCCAAGGCAGGGUGUUAUUCAACAUAUUCACAUAUUUCUCUGGGAAUAAUUCAUGGAUCUCAUUGAUUCCCAUCAAGCAUAUGUUAGGGCACUGAUAUUUAUGAGUUUGUUAACUCUUGUGCAACUGAAUUUGAAGGGACUGUUUGUCCUUGGCAGAUGUAUACUCUCCACCCAGUGACAUUCCUUAGUGUGUUGAACUACAGGUAAACCUGUGACUUGUAUGUUACAUAACGAUCACAUCAUAUUUGAUGCAGGAAACCAGGUCAUUCCACAGGGAACUUUACUAUAUGUAUUAUUAAUAAUAAUUACUGUACAAACAGUCUAUGAAUGUUUCACAACAUUUAUAUAAUAUUUUUAAAUGACACUGAAUGCAGCUUUGACUUGCAGAACUGCCACUACAAUGUUUUUCAUAUCAAAAGAUUUGUCACACUGGUGUCGGACAUUUAAGUAUUACUGAAAACCCCAAAAAUCUUCUAAAUUGUUAAUUAAAUCACUAUAAUUACUGAAAAUUAUAAAAAUCUAUAUUACGA